AGUCCUUUCUAGAUAUCUGGAUUGUGGAAUGUUACUCUAUUUUGUUUGUUAAAUAUUCUGCUUUUAAAAUCACACCUUACAAGAGUUUGAUAUAGAUUAGAAAACCUAAAGUCACAGCUUCCAACCCUAGCCUAGCCUCUUGCUCAGUUCUCUCUCCCGCAUUCAAACCACAUGAACAGUGGCAGCGAAUUCGCCAACUUCGACGUCGUCACGGACGACUCAGAUCACGACUUUCUCGGUUUAAACGACGGACAAUGCAUCAACAACACAAAGGGCGAAGUUUACCGCACCAUCAUGAAAGAGUGGAAGAUUCUCGAACAAAGCCUACCCGAAUCAAUCUACGUGCGUGUCUACGAGCAACGCAUUGAUUUAAUGAGGGCCGUGAUCGUGGGCGCCGCGGGCACACCGUACCACGAUGGUCUCUUUUUCUUCGACAUCGCGUUCCCCUCGGAUUACCCGAAGCACCCUCCCAAGUUGAAUUUCCGCUCGUUCGGGCACCGGAUCAACCCGAACCUGUACAACACGGGGAAAGUGUGUCUGAGUUUGCUGAACACGUGGCACGGGAGGAAGAGGGAGCUGUGGGACCCCUGCGAGUCCACGAUUCUUCAGGUGUUGCUCUCGAUCCAGGGACUCGUUCUGAACGAGAAACCGUUUUAUAACGAGCCUGGGAUUGAGUCGUUCGGUCGUUUUGUUUUCGACGUCGAGACUAGGUCACGUGCCUACAGCGACAACGCCUUUGUCUUCACUCUUGACAUCGCUUCUCACCUCCUUCGGAAGCCGCCCAGGAACUUCGAGGAUUUCGUGAGUGCUUUUUUUCGCCAGCGUGCGGGCUCGAUUAUGGAAGCGUGCGACGAGUACAUGAACGGGCGCGUGAGGGUUGGCUACUUCGGGUGCGUGUCGGGUUCGGAUUUGAGUUCGAGUUCGAAGAGUUCCAAGAUGUCGAAGAUUGAAGUGUCGCAGGGGUUUAGAGAGGCGAUGAUGGGGGUUGUGCCUCGCCUUGUUCAAGCGUUUCGAGAGAACGGUGCUUCUGUUGUGGACCCGGAUUGGAAGUGGGAGGUGUCCCAAAACUUAGUGCAAGUGGAGGAAUAUGAAGAUAUCAAGAGUGGAAAAUGGAAAGGCAAUAAAGGGAGUGUGAUGUUCAAGAAGGUUGUGGAGAAGAUUAAGAAGGCUUUUAGAUGGAAGAAAAAUCGUGGAAAGAAUAAGAGGAGUGAAGGGGAGAUAUCGCGGGCUUGAUCAAUGUCAUUCGGAAUAAACCUUGCUAUCAAUGUCUCUCUUUAAUUUUUGUUGGUUCUUUCGUUUUUUUUUUAAUUAUUAUUAUGGUUCAUCAAGUAGGGUGCGUAGUUUAGUAUGGCCGAUUUAUAAAAGUGGAUGUUUUAUUAAUUGGAAGAGACGAAGAUAAGGUUAGUGUCUUGCUUCCCUUUUUUCUUGUUCUGUCCACUGGAUUAGUUCAUGAUGAGACAAAUUCUAUAUGGAAGUCUCAAAAUUUUAAGAGUUUUUGGUGUUGUUAUAUAAAAUGUUUA